UUUUCAGAAUCAAGUAUGUACUAUUCUUAUAACUCGUCUUCAUCAACGCAUAACAAUGUUAGUGAAACUACACAGCCAACGGAUCUACAUCUGACAACUAGAUUACAUAGGCAUCAUCAUUAUCAAACUGAUAGGGACGAAGAAAAAACUCACUUUUUGAAGGAUAGGAGAAAACGGAAGGGCAAGCACUUCACAGAAUUUAGCCGCCCCUACAGCAGAAUUAAUCGAGCCAAAAGAAAAUUGGCCUCGGAUUUUCCCAGGAAAGUGUGCGAAAAAAUUGAGAUACCUCUUUGUCAGAAUCUGCCUUACAACACGACGAAAAUGCCAAAUUAUUUUAACCAAGCCACCCAAGGUAAUGCGAAAUUAGUUGUCGAUAAUUAUAGACUGCUGAUCAAGACUAGCUGCAGUAAAGAUUUGGUGUUUUUCUUGUGCUCGCUCUAUGCUCCCAUAUGCCACGACGACUUUUUCCCAUCCAAGGAUAUGGUAAAUGUUAAGGGUGACAUCUAUGCUAAGAAUUUAUUUAAAUCAAUCAAAAAUAUAGAUGGCGGCAAAAACUUCGAAAAUUCUAAAUACGAUAUCUUGGAUUCGUUUUCACCUUUCAAUAGUAUGUCUAAUCUGGACCUAGAACUGCGAUCACCUUAUGGAGACAACCUUAAUCUCCACCCUAGCCUGACUUAUAAUUUUGAUUCUAUAACUGCAAGAUCUUCUAGCCAGAACCCUCACUCUCCUACUACUUUCAACCAAAUGAAUGAGCCAAAGGACUUGAUCUUGCCAUGUAAGCAUGUUUGCGACGAGGUCAGAAAAGGAUGCGAACCCUUGCUUAAGAGAUUCAACAUUUCUUGGCCUUUAAAUCUUAAUUGUGACAAAUUUCCGCUAUACGAGUUGGACGUUUGUAUAUCCCCUCAAUCUAUCAUCAAUGAAGACAAUCAUAAUAAUGAUGCUGGUAGAAAUAAGCCAAUUUCUAAGCAUAGAAGCACUAGAUACAACCCCUCGACACCUGAUUUAGAUUCCCAAAUUAAUGGAAAACAGACUUUGAAUAAGGCCUCGUAUGCUUACCUUAGUCAAAAUGUAAACGAGGACAAAAAAUGUUUGUGUCCCAAAUUGAAUAAACUUAAAAAGCAACUCUUUUACGAAAAUAAAUAUCAAUAUGUGGUGCAAGUUACCAUGAUGUCCAAAGAAUACCAAGGCGAGAUAAGCAUGCUCAAGGUAAAGAUCCUACAUUCGUUUCUCCAUUCCAAUAUCAAAAUUUAUAAAGGAUCCGAGCUUUAUAUUUGGGUAGAAUCCUCUUGCGUUUGUCCAGACAUGGUGAUUGGCGCUAAAUAUUUGAUAUGCGGACACGAAGACAGGGAUUUUGGACGAUUGAUAUACUCCCAUCAAAAAGGAAUUGCGCUUCCGUGGAAGGAUAAAAUGAAGAAAAAGUUAGAGAAAUGGAUCAACAAAUUCAAAGUUAAAUCAAAGAAUAAAAAAACGACGCAUCAUCAUAAAAAGGGACGACCGGAGAAGAGCGCAUAGUCUUUCUUUAGGAAAUAUGAAUCAAUUCAAAAUCAAAUAACAUGAUAUAUUAUAUAGGUUUAAAUAAAUAAACCUUGUGUAUAAACUUCUAUCCCCCCCCCCCCCUUAAAAAUCAUGAAAUCCAUAGUAGGCCUAAUCAAAAAACGAUCGAAUAAUAAAUAAUUCGUAUUCAAUUCUUUUGAACGAGUCUUAUUAAUCGUAUCCAUACGUAUAGCAAAAUAUAGUAAAAACUUUUAUCCCACCGAUAUC